AUGAAUCCUCCAAGUUUCACGGGUUUGAGAACUAUUGAGGAUCCAGAGAACUUUAUUGAGGAGCUAAAGAAGGUGUUUGAGGCUAUGCAUGUUGCCGAUACUGAGCGAGUUGAACUAGUUGCAUACCAACUGAAGAAUGUUGCUAGGACUUGGUCUAACCAGUGGAAGGAGGGUAGAGCUGAGGAUGCACCACCUGCGAGAUGGGAAUUUGCGGAUAUGAGGAGUAGGAUGAGCUUGUCUGUCGCUGGCUUGUCUCAUCUGUCGAGUAAGGAAGGUAGGGUUGCAAUGCUAAUAGGUGACAUGGAUAUUUCGCGGUUGAUGGUUUAUAUGCAGCAAGUUGAGGAAGGGAAGCUGAGGGAUAGGGAAGAGUUUAGAAAUAAGACGACUAAGACAGAGAGUGAAUCUGGGCAGCAGAAAAAUAAUGGCAACAGAGCUCAAUCUUCAUCAGUUUCUCCACCAGAAAGGGAUGCACCUAGAGGAGCUAUAUCCGGUACUGGUGGAGGAACAAACCUUCUUUAUGCGAUCACUAGUCACCAAAAGCAAGAGAACUCUCUAGAUGUUGUCACUAUUGUCAGAGGUCGUCCUGCUAGACGUAAUGUUAAGGAGCAAGGGGUACCCAAUGCACCUAAAGUGCAACCUCAGGGAGGGGUCACUAAUGCUGAGUUUUGUGAGGCUAUAAGGAUGCUAAUUCAAGCUAUGACUAAUCAGGUUGGGCAACAAAGAGGAGCUAGACAGGAAGUGGCUAAUACUUCGAGGAUCUGA